AAAAGAGGCGGGCCGGAGGACGUGGACGGGGCGAGGGUGGAUGCCAAUACAAAUCCACGUGCAACCGACCAGCCCCGAUUCUUUCCUUUCAGGCCCGGGCCAGAAUCCUAUACAUUUGAUUCUGCUUCUACCGCCGGGGGACCACGAGAGAGCGUCCGCUCACUUCAGACCUGUGACUGCAGGGUGUGGAGAAAGGAAGGAUGGUGCCAGCGGCAGCCACCCAGAUCUUCCCUAUCGCCCUGGCUUGGUUCCUGUUGGUCCUCCUAGGCGGUCGGUGCCUGGCGCUGCGGGCAGAUAUUCACUCACUUUGCCUCAACUUCACUGUGAAAGGUGAGCCUGUACCUCGACAGCUCUGGUCUGAAGUACAGUGCUCAGUGAAUGGAGUGCCAUUCCUUCAGUAUAGUGACAACAAAGCCAAGCCGUUGGGUGCCCUGGGAAAGAAGGUGAAUGCCACCGAAGUAUGGAAAGAUUUGAUCAAAAGAUUGAAAUACAUGGGAGAAGAGUUUGAGAAGAAGCUACUUAACAGACAACUGAGAACUGUCAAGUUCAGGGGUUGCCCCCCCUUGCAGGCCAAGAUGCUUUGUCGGCAUGAACAAGGACAACUCAUUGAUGCCUACUGGCUGUUUACCAUCAGUGGACAAUAUUCCUUCCUCUUUUACCCAAUGAACUUGACCUGGAUAUUGAUUAAUCCUGAAGCCAAAGACACGAUGCAGAAAUGCAAGGAUGACAAGGAGCUAGUAGAUGAUCUGGGUAAGAUCUCCAUGGGAGAUUGUCCCCACUGGCUCAAGGACCUCUUAAAGCACCAUAAGGAAACACCAGGACCAACAUCCAAGUUCCCAAGUACUCCCCAACUUCUCUCUACCACUGAGCUUCCAUCUAUGAUCUCGCUGCCACCUACCACUUGGCUUCCUUCUACGACCCAGCUACCAUCUACCCCCUGGCUUUCUUCUACUGAAAUAAGUGCCAUCGUUGUAGCCUGCCUUCUGCCUGUCCUUGUCAUUCUGGCGUUCGUGAAGAGAUCCAGCAUCAUGAAAGGUAAUUCUCGAUGCUACUCCUCUACCUCCUCAUCUGUGCUCUGGUCUCAUCAUCAUCACCAACUGUGUCUGGAAACUCUCUAGAAUAUUGCCAAGCUCUUCUUCAUUAAACUAGCAAAAAUACUUCUGAUGACAUCUUGGGACUCUGUGCCAUUUGACUUCUGACCAAAGUGGGAUCCCUGAAGAGGAGGACACCUAACACUAUGAUGGUGAUGACUCCCACCAACCUCUCAUCAGACUACCCGGUAUUCCUGUCAACAGACCAACAGACAGAGAACCCCUGACUGUUACCAGGGCUUCAACCCAGUCUCCAUUGCUAACAGCCUGAUUGAAUGUCUGACUGUCCAAUCAUCCACAGAUCCAUCCAGUUCAGGUCCUGCACCUCUCCUCCCUGGUCCUGUGCUCCUACAGUUUAUCUCUGAGUACCACUGAACCCUGAGGUCUGGGCAGUUUUCCGAUUAGCUAGCCUAAUAUUUUAUCUAACCACCUGUAGUGAUUCUCUUCACAUCUGCAUCAGCUGUCUACCUGUGCCUCGGCCUCCAGCGAGGCCUUGUUGAUCUCUUCUGGAGACUCUUUCACCCUUGGUAACCAUUAUGUUUGUCUGUUAUAAAAGUAUAAUCACUAUGUGA